GCCCCUGUGCUGUGAGAGCUGGCCAGCCUGCCCAGCAGCGUGGGACAGAUGCAGCCCCCAGCUCGGGUGACCUUCAGCGGACCUCGGUGAUCCAGGCAAACGGCCAGGGAAAGGAGGACUCUGCCCGGUGGGAGGAGAUGGGGCUUGACCUGUCUGGGUGCUGUCCCUCUGGGGGUGCCUGUGGGACGAGCCCUCCCAGCUGCUGUGGGGUGAGGUAUCAGGCAAGGUCAGCGUGCCACUGACCGGGCUGAUGGAAGCUGAAUGGCUGCUGGGUUUUUCUUCAAAUCCCAGCUUUCCAUGCUUGUUCCGGAACUCUGAAGCCACAGCCUGGCUGGUUCCUCACCGGUCCUGUGCCGCUGGAAAAGCGUGUGUUUCUGUGGAUGUUUUGAAUCUUUCCUUCCCUCCAGAAUCAAAACUAGGGCUGAGCCAGAGGGCAAACAAGCCUUUGAAUAUUUCUGCUAUCUCUGCUAACCAAAACAAGGAACUCCCCGGCUCAGAACUUAUAAAGCACGGCCGCGAGAGGAUAGGACAAACCAUCAAGGCGUCCGGCUCCAGGCUCUGCUCGUAUGCUGAACGAGUUGCUUUUUUAAUGGAUCGUUCCCGGAGCCCAGACACCAGCGCUCAGCCUCCAACGCCAACUGACAACAUCAACCUCGGACCUUCUGCUAACCCAAAUGCCAAGCCAACAGACUUUGACUUCCUGAAGGUUAUUGGCAAAGGAAGCUUUGGAAAGGUUCUCCUGGCCAAACGCAAGUGUGAUGGGACUUUUUAUGCUGUCAAAGUCUUGCAUAAGAAAACUAUCCUGAAGAAAAAGGAGCAAAACCACAUCAUGGCAGAACGCAAUGUGCUCCUGAAAAAUGUCGAGCACCCCUUCCUUGUGGGACUCCAUUACUCCUUCCAGACCUCGGAGAAGCUUUACUUUGUCCUUGACUAUGUAAACGGGGGAGAGCUCUUCUUCCACUUGCAAAGAGAGCGCUGCUUCCGUGAACCCCGGGCACGAUUCUAUGCCGCGGAAGUUGCCAGUGCAAUUGGGUACCUGCAUUCCUUAAACAUCAUCUACAGGGAUUUAAAACCUGAGAACAUCCUUCUGGAUUGCCAGGGCCAUAUAGUAUUGACAGACUUCGGACUCUGCAAAGAAGGAAUGGAGCAAGAGGAGACUACUUCCACAUUUUGUGGCACUCCUGAGUACUUAGCUCCCGAGGUGUUAAAGAAGCAGCCGUAUGACAGGACAGUAGACUGGUGGUGCCUGGGAGCUGUCCUCUAUGAGAUGCUCUUUGGACUGCCGCCUUUUUAUAGUCGGGAUGUGUCUCAGAUGUAUGACAACAUUCUGCACAAGCCACUCCAGAUCCAAGGAAGCAAGACUGUGGCAGCUUGUGACAUCCUCCAGGGACUUCUCCAUAAGGACCAGAAGAGGAGGCUGGGUGCCAAAACAGACUUUCUUGAGAUAAAGAACCAUGUAUUCUUCAGCCCAAUAAACUGGGAUGACUUGUACAACAAGAGGAUUACCCCUCCAUUCAACCCCAAUGUGGCUGGUCCAGCUGAUCUGCGACACUUCGAUCCAGAGUUCACCCAAGAAGCGAUCUCUGCCUCCAUCACCCACACGCCUGACUUAGCAGCCAGCAGCUCCAGUGCCUCAGAUGCUUUUUUAGGAUUUUCUUAUGCACCAACUGAAGAGGACUUCUAAGUUUUAUAAAGGCUUUGAGAAGCCAGAUUUUAACUGAAUGGGUUUUAUGUGUUUUUUUUUUUUUGUUUGUUUUUUUUUUCCUUUUUGAAAGGAAUGCCACUGUCCUUUGCUCAUGGUUUAUGGGAAGGGGCACUAAUACACUAACUGGCUGGGAGGGAACAGAGCUCUUAAUUUGUGCUGUUUGGAUUUCCUUCCAUAUGUGUGUUUCCCUGGCAGGGAAAGUGGGACAGCAGUUGUUAUUACUUUCUCCUGAGUGUCUUGUACUACUUGGCAGGAUUGUGUUCACUGUGGUUGUGUUUAUGGUUAAGGUAUGUAUCAUCAUUCACAUCACAGCCAUAUGUGUGUGUGGAACUAAUGCUGCCUAGCUAUGUAUGACUGCUUUGCUUUCCCAUAACAAAGGGAAACUCUUCACCCUACACACAGCAGUGGCUUCCUUCAAGUGGACGUGCUUAUUUAAGUGGUUGGGGAAAAAGUAGUCUGGUUGGUAGUGGCCAGGCUGGAGUUAAACUGGGGUAGUUCAGCGAGUCUGCCACGUAAGCCAUUAAAAAUCUGGUAGCAGCAGAGGCCUGCAUUAGAUUUUAAUGCUCUAGAGCAGAAAUGCAGGAUUCAGUGGGUGCUGCUGAAGAAGCAGAGCUGCCACAGCACAUGGGAUGAGUACUGCUACUUGUGGAAGGAAGCCAUUUCCUCAUCCUGGGCUCAGACGCUGUUCAUCUUUUACUGCUCCAAAGGUGGCUUACAG